GUCAUGCUCAUUUUUACGCUCUUCACACCCAGUCAUGCUCAUUUUUACGCUCUUCCCAUCCAUCCCCAUGUCACACCCCAAAAAACAAUGCAAAAGCAGGUAAAACAGAAGAGAAGCGUAAAAGAGUUCGCUGCGCAGCACAAACACACCCUGAGCCUGACACACAAAGUGGCAGGGCCUGCAAUUCCCCACCUCACACUUCCAAAUCUGCUCUCAUCGUUCCGCUCGCUCGGUUACCAGUCCAUAAACAUGUACCGUGCCGUAAAAACGCUCAAGGCGGCCAAGCAGGGCAUAAUACUGGCAUUCACGUCCAACAUCAUAUCGUGCGGCCUGCGCGACACGAUACGCUACCUCAUACCGUACUGCAAAGCCGUGGUGACAACUACGGGUGCAAUCGAGGAGGACAUUAUAAAAACGGCCAAUGAUUUCUACGUGACCGACUACCACGCACACGCCGGCCACGAGCUGCGCGCAAACGGCUACAACAGGAUUGGCAACCUGGCGGUGCACAACGACUCGUACGUAUGGUUUGAGGCGUAUCUGCGUGACAGGCUGGUGCACAUGGAGGGCACGAUGAGCACCGCCGAGUUUGUGGAUGCGAUAGCGCCCGAUGAUGAUCGCAGCUUUGUUGCGUGUGCGAAGCGUAUGAAGGUGCCUGUGUUUGUGUGUGCGCUUGGCGAUGGGUCUAUCGGUGAUGUUUGUACGUUUGGUGGUGGUAUGCGGUUCAGGAUUGAUGUGGUGAGGGACUUUCACCACUUUUUGGGUGUUGCUGAGGGGUGUACAGGGCUGGUUGUGGGAGAUGGAGCGGUCAGGCACAGAAUGGCACAUGCGCGGAUGAGUGAUGUGGUGCAUCUUACGAUGCGGACUGCGUAUGACGGGUCGGACUGGGAGUGUGAGCUUGGGAAUGGUGUGCGUGUGGUAGGCGAGGCGAGUGUGCUGCUGCCUUUGUUGGUGUAUGGGGCGUAUGAAUGUGCUGAUUUUGAUUGAUUAGAUGAGGAGGAGAUGAGGAGAAUACGUGUAUGGAAUGAGGAGAUGAGGAGAAUACGUGUAUGGAAUGAGGAGAUGAGGAGAAUACGUGUAUGGAAUGAGAAGAUGAGGAGAAUACGUGUAUGGA